AUGAGCGCGUGGUAUACCAAGGAUUAUCGUGGCGCCCUGCAAGAUAUUGUCCGCUUCAACCGGCUCGUCUCGUGGAAGAAAAGAGCCUGGGGAUACGGAGUAGCCAUGCUGUCGCCAUACGACGAUCGUGGGUGUCAGAGUCUUGUAGAAGCUUGGCCUAUGCUUGGUCAUAGAGCUCGUCUAGCAGAAGGUGUUUUGUCGGAGAAUUUGGAAUGCAUAUACUCCGGCCGGAGUAAUGCAGACCCUGUUGGGCUGCAGUCGACUGGGGCUUGUCUGAGCAGAUCGGCAAAGGGACCAACUAUGGUUGGCAAGGAAGAUGUGCUGCCCCUGUACAGUGACUAUAACCCCACCGCGUCUGUGGCCGCUCCAAAGGAGGAACAGCCCUACCAUAUCUUGUCCAAGAAGCAGAAAUGGAACCUAGUUAUCUUCGUCUCUAUGGCCGGUGCCUUUUCGCCUCUGUCGUCCAACAUAUACUUCCCCGCGAUUAACACCAUAUCUACCGAUCUCGGAGUGAAUGCUACGCUGGUCGCCCUAACUAUCACAGUCUAUAUGAUAGUCCAGGGCAUUGCGCCCUCGCUUUUCGGCAGCUUCUCAGACACUUGCGGCCGUCGUCUCAGCUUCACGAUCAGCCUUACUAUAUAUACGGCGGCAAAUUUGGCACUAGCCUUUACCUCGAACUAUCCUAUGCUGAUGGUCUUACGGGGUCUCCAGGCAGCCGGGUCGGCGGCGACGAUUAGCAUUAGCGCGGGUGUCAUUGCAGACAUAGCCUGUCCGGACGAACGAGGCGGGUUCAUGGGGACCAAUGCAGGCAUACGUAUGUCCGGCCAGGCAAUCGGACCGAUCAUUGGCGGCGCGUUAAAUAGUGCAUGGGGUUUCAGAAGCAUCUUCUGGCUGCUGUUCACCUUAAGCGCGAUCGUUCUCAGUGCCCUGUUGAUUUUCCUGCCCGAAACGCAGCGCAGCAUUGCAGGAAACGGCAGCCUUCCUCUCUCUGGGUUCUACAAACCGCUCGCCUAUGUGAUCAAACCACCCGCGGCAUGGUCAGAGAACGAAAACACUGCUACAAAGUCCCGCCCACCGCUCUCCUGGAAGAAAGCCUUCAGCCCCUUGAAAUAUAUUCUAGAAAGGGAUAUUGCUUCGCUCUUGGCCUGGGGCGCCGUUACCUACACAGCCUGGAAUUGGCCUCUGCUUCUUUCCCAACGGGCUCGGCUGUAUCUGCGGCUCCCUCAGCACGGGCUGGCUGCUGGACCAGAGUUUCCGACGCGUCCAGGAACGAUACAAGGCCGAACACGGCCUAUCCGCAGACGAAAAUGUGACCGGCAGAAGCGACUUUCCCUACGUGCAGGGACGGCUCCGCCUGAUGCCGUUUUUCAGCUUCGCGAUGAUCAUCGCGCUGGCGCUGUACGGACCAAGCUUCAAGUUCAACGAGGUGUGGAGGGAGUCGAGCCCGAACCUCGCGGCGCCGCUUAUCCUGCAGUUUAUUAUUGCGUUCACGUCGACGGCGAUCUUUAA